UUCAGAACUAAUAAUGUGGCGCGUGGAAUGCGUGGGACCGUUGGGCAAGUCUGGUGGUGUGUCUGAAUUGGCGCGUGUUAAUUCACCACAUUUGUCCGCAUUUAGUAAUGUUGCCUGGCUGCCUACGUUGCUCCCGAGGAAUGGAGGAAACGCGUGCCACAAAGCGAUGCGACGAUGUUUACAGUGGCAGGCCGGCUAGAACGAGACAAGGUGACGCCACCUGUCACACCUCCGCCCUUAAACACACCGCCCGCUACAACUCCUUCAACGCCUGUUGUUACCCCAGCAGUGCCACCACCUAACAGAUUCAGAUCUCGUAAAGCACCAACAUCUCCCACCAAUGGGUUUGCAUCGGGACCUCUCCGAUCUGCGUCUUGUGCGGUUAUGAGUGCAGUGGUUGAUGCUAAGUCAAAGGAGUCACCAAAGCCAGACCGUGAGUCCUUUAAAAGAAGUCAUUCGGUCAGCGAAAAUAUCAGUCGGGAUGAAAAAGAAGAACUAUCGCCCGGCGCAGAGAAACCAGGAUGUCCCGUUCACGUACCACGUGCUGAUGAUGAGACCUUCCACGCAUUCUUCGCGCCUCUUCAGCAGCAGGAGAAACAAUUUGAACAGCUGGAUAUAGAUCUCGAUGCUAUUGAUAGUGCUUCAAGACAGCUGUUGUCCAGCCAAUACGCACGUCGCGCGAAACGUGAACGUCGUCACGUGGCGUCUCGUAACCCGCUGAAGGCUCUCGCGGCUCGAACCGACUUGAGACAGGAGUAUCGCGCUCUCUCGCUCACCACUCGGGACGCGCUAUUUAAAGAGAAAGUGACAGGAAACUGUGGGCUGGCUGCCGAAGCUCUAGCGGCUCUUGCCAGUAAGGAAGACUUCUCAAAUGUGGCGUUACGUAGUGCUUCGGCCACAAAUGUUCCAAAUCAAGGCAUCAAAGCCUUGAUGCUGUUACACGUUAAGGGCAGACGGCGAGUUCAGACUCGUCUCGUGGAGCCCAUCCAUACAAACGUAAACCGCGGUGAUUGCUUCCUUCUUGUGACGUCUGACCAGCUCUUCCUCUACAUUGGUCUCUACGCUAAUGUCAUUGAGAAAAACCGAAGUACAGAUAUUGCCAACCACAUUCUUAACACAAAAGAUCUCGGAUGUAAAAGCGCCAACUCUUUCAUAAAAAUCGAUGAACAAACCAAAGUAUUCUCAAACAAACAUUGGAGCCAAUUUUGGUCCCUCCUCGGAGUCACCGAAGGCAUCGAAGAGUACAAACCGGUGGAAGCAGGUGAUCCAGAUGAAGAUGAGAUUUUCGAAUCCUGUAUUGUCCAAACGAACAUGUGCUACGAAGUCAUGGAUGAUGAACUGGUGCCCAUCAAGGAGUAUUGGGGCCAAGUACCAAAGAUUGCCAUGUUGAAUCAGUCGAAAGUCUUAGUAUUCGAUUUCGGCUCAGAAAUGUACAUUUGGUACGGGAAAAAUGUACCUCUAGAAAGCCGACGCCAAGCGGCACAAUUAGCUAAGGAAUUGUUCGAAGACGGGUACAACUACGAGGAAUGCCACGUUAACCCCUUAAACGCUGCCGAGUCACAAGGAGAAAGAAAAGAAAUUAACACUUUAUCAAAAUCCUCUAAAACUCGACCCGAGUGGGCGAUAAUGUCCAAAGUCACGCAACACAUGGAAACUAUUCUUUUCAAAGAAAAAUUCCUCGACUGGCCCGACUUCAGCAGAGUUAUCAAAAUCAAGCCUCAAGAGAACAAAUCCAAUGGCGUCGAGAUCACCCCGUGUGACGCCGAGGAAAUGUGGUCCAACGAGUACCAAGAUCCAGAUCUCAUUCUAGAAGGAUCUCACAUCGGUCGCGGAACACAUUACUACGACAAAGAGUCGAUGCGGCAUUACGAAAUUAAAACGCAGGCCGUUUGCAAGUGGCUCAUACAGGAGUACGACUGCCAAACCGUCGAAAAUGAGGCCGACGUCGCUGAGUUUUACUCUGGCGACUCUUACAUCAUCAAAUGGGACUAUCAGAUCACGGUUUCCGGCCGAGAAUUGACAUAUAGUGCUUUUUAUUAUAGUGAUGUGAGAGGGCUCCUUGUGAUUCGAUAGAGAUUGUUUGUUGGGCGAGAACGAUUAUGAAAUUAUAUAUAUUCUAUAUAUAAUUUAUGGAUUUCAUUCAAUUUAUGAAAAUAAGAACAAUGUAAUUGGUAAUAUUACUCAUUGCUCUAAAUGUACUAUCAAAUAUAUUAUACACAGUGUUAAAGGUCAUAAAUAAAAUGCUUUGAAAAUUUCCAAA